AUGAUUAAUCUGGUUCAUAAUAGUCUGGAGACAUUACCAGAUUCUUUCUGCCAACUUCAGUCUUUGGAAUUAUGUUUAUUAUCAAGAAAUUGUCUGCAACGUCUUCCAGAGAAUUUUGGAAAUUUACCAUUCUUGAACCAUCUGGAAGUAAAUGACAAUAAAUUGCUUGAAUUGCCACCGACCUUUAAAAAUCUCGUUAAACUGACCUGCCUUGACCUUUCAAACAAUCGCCUGAUGAAGGAACCAAACUUCCUACAUGUUUUCACUCACCUGAAUUACCUCAACCUGCACUCAAAUCCAUUUGAGUUUUCAGUUGUUGACAUUGUUGAUCCAGAGCUUUCAUAUGCUUAUGUUGAAGAUGCUGGUGAAUCUCCAAAAAGUGGUCAGUUUGAGGACCUAGAAAGUGAUGAGGUUGAGGAAUUAAACUUGGAAAGUAAAACCCCCAGCAAUAAGCAAGAAGGAAAAGAAGCCACUGUACAAAUAGAUCCCCCUGCCAAUAAUCUAUCCCAAUUUGAACACCAUAAUGUUACAAAAGGAAAUCAAAUCUCACAAAGUGCAUGUCAACAAAAAGAGGAGGAGGAGGAGGAGGAAGAGACGGACUGUGACUUGGAACUUUCAAAUGGUUUAUAUGAUGUGGACACAUACAGUUAUCAAGACCGGCAUUUUUUUAUGCCUUCCGACAUCCACUGUAAGAAUGUCCGUUACAACUCGGUUCAAUUCCAUUUUUUUCCAGACACGUGGAACUUUGCUUCUUUCUGCCCUCUCUCUCUCUCUCUCUCUCUCUCUCUCUCUGAAAGAAGAAUUUGCUUUUCUUUCUUUUUAAUGUCUUCUAAAAAUGUUGAAAUGGAAAAUUCAGUUGAUCCGAAAGAAACUUUGGUUGCAUUUGCCCCCAUGAAGAAAUUGGCACAUAUAAAGAAGAAAUUUAGCAUUGAACAAGUGUCGACAUUUUUUUCUAAUUUCUUACAAAGGAAAAUCGCGAAGAUGAAAAAAAUAGGUUCAGUGGUACUUCUUUGGUAA